AUGCUCGCUCCAUUUCGUCUUGCUCAGUGUUCCGCCCGAUUCGUGCGUCGGAAGAUUCCGAAUCUAUCGGAAUCCAUUCUUGACGAAAGCGCCACAUUCUCCGACGUCCACAAUGUGAUUCUGAAUCCGACGUCGCAGCUACCGUAUCCAGAAGAGCAACUCCGCGAGCAUCUCGAUAAGAAAUCCAGUGAAAUUCUCAAAGAGAAGAACAGAAUGAAGUACGCGACGAGGAAAAAGAGCACCGGAGCCAUUGAUUUCAGCCAUAUUCCUAUUGAGGAACACGUGGUUCUGCUCUUUCCAGGUCAAGGAGCACAGUUUGUGGGAAUGGGCAGAAAUGUGAGAAAAGCUGAACGCUUCAGUAGAAAAAUAAAAUAUUCGUUUAGAUAAUCGAGGUACCGGCUGCGAAAGAAGUUUUUGAUCAGGCUUCUGAAGUACUCGGAUACGAUAUGCUCAAAAUUUGUCUGGAAGGACCGAAACAAAAGUAAGAAUUUAGAAUCGGUAUAAACGUGGAAGUGAAACAUAUUUCCAAAAAUAAUGUAGUGAGAAUUCUAACGUGAACAUGCGUUAUUUUCACGUUUGUAAUUAAGAAUAGAAAUGAACUAAAACGUCACGUGACACACCAAUUUCGGUGUGAAUACUUUUUUCUGCAAAUCUGCAUAAUUUCAGACUCGAACAAACUCUCUACUGUCAGCCUGCGGUCGUGACGUCAGCUGUGGCUGCUUUUGAAGCUCUCAAAGCGACGGAUUCAUCUGUCGAAGAGAAUCUGACGGAUACUGCCGGUUUUUCAGUAGGAGAAUACGCGGCACUCGUCGCCGGAGGCGUUCUAAACUUUGAAGAUGGUGCGAACUCUCCGGAAACACUAAGAAUUGCGAAUUUUCAGCAAUUCGAAUUGUGAAAACACGGGCAGAAGCCAUGUCGGAAUGCGCGAAGCUUGUGAAAAGUGGGAUGGUAACUGUGAGAGUGAAAGCCGCUUCGAAACUAGAUAAAGCCAUGUCAGAUGCUAGAAAAUUAGCAAUGUAAGCUACAAAAUUCCGUGUCUACCACUUUAUGCGAAGUUUUUCAGUGAAAAACGAGAGUUGGACGUUUGCGAAGUGGCCAACUACCUCUAUUGUGGAGUCCGAGUGGUCGGAGGCUCCGAAACGUGCCUCAAAUUUUUGGAGGACAAUCAGGAGAAGUACAAAAUUCAGGUGUUGAAGCGACUAGCCGUCUCGGCUGCGUUCCACACGCGGCAAAUGGAAUCCGCUGUGGAGAAGGUACAGUGAAGGGUACAUUUUUCCUCCCAUUUCCCAUUUUCAGGUGGCAAAAGCCUUCCAAAACGUGGAAAUGCAACGGCCGGUGUGCAACGUGUACUCAAAUUACACGGGCCAAGUGAUGGCCGCAAAGCGGAGUGAGAUCCGUGGAGCGGUGGCGAAGCAGGUGAAUUCGCCCGUCAAGUGGGAGCAGAUUCAGCAGAUCUUGUUCAGAAAACAUCAAGUACUUUGAAGAGCUUGAAGUAUUUUGAGCUAUGAUUUUCACCUUUCAGGACGAAAAGUUCCCGCGAUUCUACGAAGUCGGUCCGGGACGGCAACUUGGAGCAAUGCUUCUCCAGACGUCAAAGAAGGCUCACAAGCAUUACACGCAUUUCAGUUGCUAG